AUGAUGCCAGGCAAGAUUCGAUUUGUACGUACAAGUGCCUUGCCAUUUGCAAUCAAAAAGCGCCCAACAACGACGAGUACUGCCAGAAGGCGUGCAAACUCUAUUGCGAACAAUCCCAAGCAGAGCAGAACCUUGACAGCAAAGUCAAAAAGGGCAGCAUGGUGGACAAGAUCCUGGAGAAGUCUCGCAAGAAAAAGUUUGACUCCAACCGGGCAGACAAUUCGCGAACCGAGUCUCUGGAUCUCUUCAUCGGCGGUCAGCUGUCCUUGA